AUGCUGGCACUCGAGGAGAAGCCUCGCACCGUGGUGCUGCUGUGGCCGCAGACCAAGCUCGAUGGCAUGGAGCAGGAGAUCGUCACAAAGUUCGAGGACAGCUACCUCGAGGUGAAGGCAAGGAAGGAGAUCUACCUGACUGGGGAAGACCUCGAGAGGUUCUUUGGCUUCCUGCCCACGGCGGAGCGCGAGGCCCCCACGGCGAGCGCAUCCGCGGCGGUCUACCUGAGCGAAGUGCUGGUCCUGGAACACCUCGACGGCGACGCGAUCGAGAGGACGCUCGCCAUGCAGCCGGAGUUCGGCACCUUCGGCGCGGGCACGCCCCGCGUGUACUGCAGCGCCAGCCCCUGGGACGCCGUCCGCGACCUCGAGUGGUUCUUCCCCCACCUGGAUGCCCUGCCGGUCGAGAGGACCCUGGCGCUGAUCAAGCCGGACUGCGUCGGGAAGGUGCUGGAGGGCCAGACGCUGCUGCAGGUGGUGGAGCAGGAGGCGGCCGCCGCCGGCCUCUUCGUCGUCGGCACGCGGGAGGCGGUGCUCACGGGGGCGCAGGCCGAGAGCCUCUGCGCGGACCUCCGGGGCUCCCCCGACUUCGGGGGCGCCGUGGGCGUGCUGCAGAAGCCCGAGGGAGCCCAUCGCCCUGUGCCUCGAGGGCAGGGGCGCCGUCAACAAGUGGCGCCUGCUCUGCGGGCCCGCGUCGGCCGACGCGGCCCGGCAGCGGGCGCGCACGACCAUCCGCGCCCGCUGGGGCACGGACAGCACCAGCAACGCGGUGCACUGCAGCUCCUCGCUGGAGGCGGCAGAGAAGGACCUGAAGCUGUUCUUCCCCGAGGGGACCCUGCAGCUGCAGCGCACGCUCUGCGUGGUGAAACCGGCCACGAUGCCGAGCGUGUUGCAGGUUCGCAUGAUGAUCGAGGACCUUUUUGA